AUGUACAUAGAGGUUUCAGUAGCGGUGAAUUAUCUUCUCUCCCAUCUCUACACCAAAUUGCCACGAAGAAGGGUGGAUAAUUUCGGCGAGGAAUUGGAAAGAUGCCUCUUGCGUAAAUUACAACCUCACUGGUUCACCGAAUCGUCCAGUCAGGAUGGAUCCCAUCGGUGCUUUCAAACCAGCGGUCCACACACCGACUUCAUCUUUCCCGAAGCUGCCAUCUCCAGUGGAUUGGAGUGGAGUGAAAUUCAAGCCUGCCUACCAGCCGGUUUAGUUAUUACAAUUGAUCCGGGUCAUGUCGCCUGUCAGUAUGGAUCUAGUGAGUCCUCUCCGGUUAUCUCUAAUUCGGCUUGGGGUGCUGGAAAUGGUUGCACUUCUGCGAGUCUCUCGUCUUCCGGCUGUUCAUCGGCUUCAUCUGUCUCUUCUUCAAACGGUUCUUCGGGAUCAUGGUCAAAAACAAAGCAUCAAAUUCUCUAUUCAGCCACCCCUAGGGGUGGAAAUGGCUACAAUAUGAGCGGAGAAAAGGAGCUGGAUGCACCACUGAAUGAAGUCGCAAAGAAGCAGCUGGAUGAUGUUCAAACCCAUUUGGCUACAGAAGCAGCUCUCAGUGUUUUGACAGAACCGGAAGAUGUUGCUUCAACCCAGAAUGGAUCAGAUCACUCAAAGACUGGAAUUAGUAAUGAAUCUAUCACUGGUGUGGGGGAUUCCCACGGCUAUCAGGACACGACGGCUAAUUCCGCUUCUGGUGGCAAGAAUACUUCCACAGAUCCUACCAUAGAUAGUAGCUUUCUGGACCACGGCGUCAACAUGGAAUCACAAGCGAAAUCAGAUGUUGAAAAUCAUUUUCCAUUCAACGAUUUUCACACCAAACCUCUACGACAUGUUGAUGAGGUGGGAGAGCUGCAACAGUUCGACUUCCACACCAAUCAGCACAACCCACCCCCAUUUACUCAACCCCCGACAACCUUUACUCAGAAGAUCACAACGACACCGAGUUUUACUGCAGCAACAUUUGCAGCCACCAAAUUCGGUUCGACAAAGUUGAAGAAUCAGGCAAAGCGACCCCAUCGCCUUGUAUCCGCCUGUGAUCCACCCGUCUUGGGAUAUGCCUCACAGCUACUGGAAGCCAUUGGACAGAACCCCCUCCAACCCAACCAGAUGCCUUUGUGCGACCGUUUGAUGCGUCUAAACGAGUUUCAUCGAAACGGUGGUGGCCUCUACGCAGGUCACAACUUCGGAAUGGACCCGUCAAGGGGUGGCUACUUCGGCAACUACCAACCGCUUGAUCGUUCAGGCGACAUGGCCUACAACAGCAGCAGUUAUUCCAGCAGCUUCAUGGACAGUGCGCCUGUAAUGAGUCUCUACGGUAAUUCAGAUGCUCCCAGUGGUUAUGGAAUGCGUUCAAACAAUCUGGUGAACAACCCUAUGUGGUCACAGUUUGAGAAAAUUCGCUCGGAAUUUCAACUAAAGAAUAGUCAGUACCUUCAACAGCAACAGCAACAACAGGAAAAUUCAUCUCUGUUAAACCGCAAUCCAGGAUUCGGCUUCAAUACCAUGGAAGGUAAUAUUUCCUCUGCCCGAAAUAUCACGGCAUUCAAUACAUCAACUCCCAGGGGCGCCCUUCAACAGGCUGAUGUAAAGUAUGGUUUCGGAGACGAUUUAGAGUUGAGUCAAGAGCUACAUGACCUCUGGAGCUCACAAAAAUUCACCUCUAAUAGUGCAAACACAUUCUGUUGGCCGGGAGAUGUCAACAAGUCAUCGAUCGACACUUCAUUAGGUCAAGCUUUCAAUGCAUUGAACAUCACCGAGCGCUAG